UUGGCUGCAAGAUGACCAAAAAAAGGAGAAACAACGGUCGUGCCAAAAAGGGCCGCGGCCAUGUGCAGCCAAUUCGCUGCACGAACUGCGCCCGCUGUGUGCCCAAGGACAAGUCCAUUAAGAAGUUCGUUAUUCGGAACAUCGUAGAGGCGGCUGCCGUCAGGGAUAUAUCCGAAGCAAGUGUCUUCGACGCCUAUGUGCUCCCCAAACUCUAUGUCAAGCUGCAUUACUGUGUGAGCUGUGCUAUUCAUAGCAAGGUAGUCAGGAAUCGAUCCCGGGAAGCUCGGAAGGACCGAACACCCCCACCACGAUUUAGACCUGCUGGUACUGCACCACGACCUCCACCACCAAAACCCAUGUAA